AGCGACUGGAACGGAAUAAUCUCACUGCGGCAGCAACAGUUAGAUGGAGACCGGCAGACAAGUUUGGAAACAGAAGCUGUCGAUUGAACUUGAAAGUGAUGUUUUCAGUUUUUGGAAAGUUAGGCGCUUACACAAAGCUAAAAGACUUAAGGUAAGGUUUUGAAAUGUUUAUUCAGUUGUGUCUUGUUGUUUUUUACAUACCCUGUCGUUCUAUCGCUGCUUGGUUUGCUAGAUGCAUUUUAUAUUUUUAAUUUGUUUUUCUCGUCAAAUUCUAAGCCGACGUAAUAGAAAUGUUAGAGGAAACUAUAAGCUUAAAACUUGAGUGGUGAAGAUUGUUUCACUUAGUUUUUUCUUCGUGCUGCGUUUGGAGAAGAAACCUCUCAGCAUCUAUUCAACUCCGCAAUUGUCAAACUUUUCCGGUACUAAAAGCCCUUCAUUAAUUUGCAACACGGCGAACGAGAUACUCGGAAGACUAAUAAACGUAAAGGACCUUUUAAAACGUUGCUUCAUAUAAACAGGAUGUGUGUAAUAGAAUAUUCUAUCGUCUAGUUUUUAAGAAGUACAUUAAAUAGUUAUUUUACUAGUAAUUUGUAGAGGUCAAACAAAUGUGUGAAAGUGGAUUUAAAUGCAACUUCACCUUUCGUAGCAAACGUAAAGGGCAGUAAUUUCGGCUAGUGUUAACAUUCAGUCAUGUUAAUUUAUAGUACACACUAGAAAAACGCAGGAGUUGAACUUAAAAGUUUAAAGUAAAAUUAGGGAAACUUUUCUGUCUAAGAAGCCCGUUUGCAAAGACGAUGUUUCGACCCUGCUCCAAUUUAUGAUGCGAUUUAUCGACGAUUUUAUGCGCAAGAAUCACCAAAAUCCCAGCAUAUUUAGAGGAGCAAUUUUUAUAGUCCGUUUUCUUUCAAUUCACAUAUUAUCAGUAUUUAAUUGUUUUUUCUUGUAUAGCGAUACUGUAAACAUUUAACACAAUGUUAAUGGGUACCGGCCUUCGGUAAACUUGUUUAUCUUAUAGUGAAAUGAUUGAACUUCCUUUUUGGCGUAAACUCAGUAACUGAAAGGAUUCCGUGGGAUUAAGAACAAACCCAUUUCUUUUGAUUUUAAAAGUUUUGUUAAGACGCGAUGUCCUGAAAAAGCUGUACGAACAAUGGCCACCAUCACUCUAUUUUCACAGCUUUACCCAGUGCUGUCAGACAGACUUUUUGUCUUAACCUUCAAAAUGGACAUUCUUUGAACACGCGAAACGAUCUGCUUGAUUAGCAUAAAGUAAUUAUUAAAGAAACCGCAAAACUGCAACUAGAUCUCGCCCCUUUUGAUAGAAGUAAAAGGGCGAGUGAGACCCCGCAGUUUUGUCCUCACCAGUCAGAACACCUUUAUUACCGAUAAACAUAAUUUUCUUUUCAGUUGUUAAAAAAGUAACCCUCCUGGGUAUUAUUACCACAAUAUGGGCCUUUGUGUCUCAAAAACCCCGCCGUCAUCUUUUACAUAUAUACCUGUUUCUCUGAAGCUGUUUAACAUCUAUUCACUGGGGUUUUCUAAACCUUCCCGCCGAAGAUUUUGCUCAGUCAAUGAGGGUUCAUUUCAAGAAUAUUCCAUAUUAAAAAGAAAAACCCCUUUGCUUACCUUGAAUGAUCUAUUGGAUUUUUAUUCCUGCUUGUCAGGGAAAAAGGCCAACAGAUCAAAUGAAUAUUGUUGUUGCCGGCUGAAGAAAACUGAUUGCUUGUGUGGCCGUUAUUUUUAUAGGUUUAUGUGUUAUGCUACCUGAAAGUAUGGCUUCUUAAAACCUUAGGACAGUUUUAGAUAGCUCUGUGAAGUAGUUUGUGCCAAGAACCUCGGGCAUACACAUCUUUUUAGACAUGCGCUUUCCAUUCUUUCGAUCCGCCUCCGUUUCCACGUUUUCUGAUUCCGCGCAGACUUCACUUCUUCCUUUCCUCAUUGUUGUAUCUAAAUUAUCUCAACAUCGUUCGCUUCUCGUUUCCGGUUCCGGUAGUAGGCCCCAGUCUGGACGCAAAUAACUCGCGCCAAAAUGACAUCACUUGAUGCGAUUUUCUACACCGAAAAAACAUAAAGCUUUGCGCUCGAGAAGAAUUUUGAGCUCGACCUUUGGGCAAGUCUAUGCUGUAUCCUGCCAUAGGGAGUGGGAUAGACGAAAAAGGUCAAUUUUCAAACAGAUAGACAGCCAUUUUAAAAACGUAACGCAGGUUUUAAACUAUUUUAAGAAAAAAAACUUUAUUUACAUCCUUAUUCUCUCGUCUGAUCACUGCAUUCAAUGAACACUAAUUUCACAAACUUUGUGAAAUUAGUGUUCAUUUUAUCUGCAUAUUGAAGACAUAUAGAAAAGUCAUGUAAAGAGGCCAAUUUAAAAACCAGACAUCUACAACUUUGGGGGUACAGUAAAUGUUUUCUUGCAAACCCUGUGACGUUUUUUUAUGAAACGGAGAGGUGAUAUAGCUUAAAGAAGCUAGUUCUCAAAGUAGUUUGCGACAGAAGUGUCUUUCACAAACAAAAGUUUACCAAGUCGUUCACCUCUUUUCAAUGUGUAAGUUAAAACCUAAGGAAUUUUAUUGAAUUAAACGAUAAGUGGUAGGCCCUACCCCAACGGUUUAUAGUGUGGUUCAAACUUUGAAAGUCAACUAGUGACCUGGAGCAAAUUACACUAUAACUUAAGGAGGGACUAUAGGAUUUUCUUCUCCAUUUCUUCUCUAGUCUUGUUUUUUUUUGCUCUAUUUGCAUUAUUGAAUUCUUGUGUUCGUUUUUGUAAAUUGCGAAAACAAGAAAACGGAUUCAUUCGUUAUUCUAUAUAACUUGCCACAGAAAGCUCUACAAUACAAGUGCCAGUAGCAUUGGAAUUGCAGUCUCACCAUUUCUCGAAUACUCUCCUUGUUAACCCCAAAAAGGAAUCUGCGUAGCUAUUAUGACAAGUUCACUCUUUAGAAGACAUCGACUGCUAUUUGAGCAAUUAGUAUCUCCACUGAAAAGUUGCAUUCAUUUGCUUCUAUGGGUAGAAAGUCUUUAUCAUCCUCUCUCGAUAGUACAUAGAAGCAAUAUCAUCGUUAAUACGACGGUUGAUAUUUUUUGGGUCAUUUUUGUUUAUUUUAUUUUCACACCGCAGAACUUUCCAACUUUCGUAUCACUCGAAUUUCGGCACACUUUAACAUGCGUACACACACACAGAGAAAAGGAUCGUCUUGGCCUAAGCCCGAUAAGGGCGCCCCAAGCUCUUCAUUCUUUUCAGUCUAAAAUAGUAAAGAUAUCACAAGAAAACCUCACUCUUUUCCCUCACUGAUAUUCUUUGAAACAUCACAUAACCACCAUUGUUACUCAAUAUAGGAUCGGAGACGAGCUUGUUCUACGUUAACCUGCUUUAACUGAAUGACCAGUCCUGUUGUUGUAGGGCGGUGGAGAUGAUUUGUCACACUAACUGGAAAUCUGUGAUAAUUAAGUGGAAGGGUCAAGUCAGUUUAUAGUUUAACCCCAGUUUUCACUUGUUACGGAAUUUUAAGCAUGACGAUUUAGGCACUUUGUUUCCUCCCAUUUUUGAAAAAAUGUUAAAUAAGCGGUUAUUCGAGGAAAGAAGGUGAAAAUGAAUGACUUGUGUGGUAAAAAUUUCCUUAUCAAAAGAGCAGUCAACAGCUGAAAAAUAAUCAAAUACUUAUCGUUUAAUAUGCAGCAUUCAUGAUAUUAUUUUCCGCCAAUCCUUACGAGGACUGAUAAAAUUUUCAACUAUGUUAAGCCUAUAUGAAAUUUUUAAAAGUAAAUAACAUUCAACAUUUGUAUCUCUCAGGUCUUAUGAGACUUGCACGAUUGUUUCCAGGUUCUCGCCCCUUUUGAUAGAAGUAAAAGGGCGAGUGAGACCCCGCACGCCAUUUUCAUUUUCGCAUAAAUUAUGACCUAAAUUUGGAAACCGCUGAAUUUCUCGAAUUGGGUCUUUGCGAUUUUGGUGAAACUCUGUUCAGCGCAAGACACUAAUGCGCACUAUGUGUAGCCGAGAGAUUUUCACGAAAAAAUGCCGGCAACAGCAUGCAGAUUUUCGACUCAGACAUCAAAGGGGCGUGGCAUUAUAACCACGUGACAUUUACUCCGAUCGCCAAAAAUUUUAUGUUAUAUUGUAGAUUGAUCUAUAUGUUCUCCAUUCUAUGUGUUAGACUUACGAUAAAAGUAAAGGUGGGGAUACCAGAGAGCUUCAAAGUAGGAUGGUGCCGCCCCCCCCCCAAAAAAAAUGGGUCGAGUCACCUUAAUUAUUCCGUUAAACUCAGUAGUAGUGCGAAACUUUAACUAUGCAUACUCAUCGCUUAUAAGAACAUUAAAAAUUUCUGGGUGGUAGGGAAAACGCCACUGUGAAAUAAAUGUCUGGCCAACAGAAUGUUGGUGCACUACUUUCUAGCGAGAAAAUAAUGUAAUUUGCACAUAAAACCAUCGGGUUUAACGAUCCCGCAGUUGUCAUAAUCUUGAAAGAAGGACAUGUGCAAAUCAUGCAUGGCUUUCUGAGCCUACGACAGCCAGAUUCUUUCCUGUGGAAAUCAAGUGAUUUGGUAGUCGCACAUAGCGAAUUUCACACCCUUCGAACCAUUUUAAUCUUUUGUUCGCAAGUAUUGGAGAGCUUGAAGUUAUGAAUAUAUGAAAAUCAUUUAUGAGAACUGCAGGGUAAAGAAUUACUGAUACGAAAGAAGACCAUCGCAGUUAUAGACGUUACUUUUGCAGUUGCGAAAAGAAAGCCUGAAAAAAAAUCCAGGCUUGUACGGGAUUCGAACCCUUGACCUCUGCGAUACCGGUGCAGCGCUCUACCAAUUGAGCUAACAAGCCAACUGGGAGCAGGUCGUUGAAUUGGUUCGUUAUAAACCCGUGAAAGGAUGAUGAUGAGUGGUAGAGCGCUGCACAGGUAUCGCAGAGGUCGAGGGUUCGAAUGCCGUACAGUCUUUUCGCAACUGCAAAAGUUGCGUCUAUAACUGCGAUGAUCUUCUUUCAUAUAACUAUUGGAGAGCGUGUUACCUGGAAAAACCAUGCCCUAGGGAAAAGAUGCAAAAGCAGAUGUUACCUGAAUCUACUGGUUUAUCUGGUGAGUAAGGCCACUCAAUUUUAGAUAAACUGAACCCAAGGCUUAUAACAACAAAUUAGCGAUUGUUCACAACAUAAGAGACAUUAAUUACAAUACAGUGUUGACUCUUAAAUAGCAACAGAAUCUCGACUAUCAGUUUUGCAUAACAAGAAGAGUUUCCUAACUACUGUGAUUGCUUUAUGAUGAGCAAAAGGAAAUAUAAUAUAGAACUGCACUCCUCCAGUUACCCAUGAUGUCAUCUUCCAGUAGAGGCCUUAUAGCAGGGGCACGAAAAAUGAAGGAGUUAGGAAAGAUCCGCAUCAGCACGCUAUGGAAACAUGUUUGUGUCCCAUAUUUACCCCGCUUUUUUCUCGUUCCACACUACCUGUUGGCUAACUCUUUCAAAAAGCCCAUCCACCUGGUCAUGAGCUUCUAUGGACCAUUUCGCGUUUGGUCCGUGGGGUCCUGAUCAAAAUUCAUGUGAGUCGGUGCUUGUCAAACAUUUGUGAUGCAAACCUUCCCAGUAAUUGGCAUUUAAACGUUUGCGUGUGAGGAGAACGGAUGUUUUAUGAGUCAAAUGAGUCAAUGAGUCAGAUCUGAAAAAAUAAAAGUUUCGGUAGAAACAAUAAAAUUAGAGAACGGAUGUUUUAUGAGUCAAAUGAGUCAAUGAGUCACGAGUCAAUGCGUCAGAUCUGAAAAAAUAAAAGUUUCGGUGUAUGGAAACAAUAAAAUUAAGCAUUACUUUUACUUAGUUUUUGUCCACUUACUUCAUUGCUGCCUGCAAAUGCAAGGCGUAUUUCUGACAUGAAAUCUCAACCUGGGCUGUUUGUUAGCAGUAUUCCAGGCCCUGCCGCUACUACUACGUGCAUGCCCGAAAAAAUAGCCUUCCCAGACACCCUUCAAGAACCAUUUAAACCAUCAGACAAUCCAUACUACUAGAGGGAUACCAGAAGUGAAGUGCUGCCCCCUGUGAAGUGAUGCAAGAGUUUUAAAAAGGCGAGCUAAUGUAAAUAAACACAACAUAAUGCAAACAAUAAAUGCCCAAAUAUUUAAUUUUAAUCAAUCAACAAGCCUAUUUAAAAUUACAAUGGGUAUACAGUAAUGCCUCAACAAUAACACUGACUGUGUACAACUGUUCGACUCGCUGUUUCAUACCCCUCCUCGGGUAAAAUUACAAUAAUUUUAAUUCAGUUUGUUCGUCUAGUACCAUCAUUCACCUUUUGAGGCAAGUAAAACUGAUUGGAAAAAGUGGUGAACUACAUUGGGAAGUUUAUCAACUGAAAACAACUCUGCGAUUGACUGUUGGAACGGACGAUUAGUGUCCUGGAUCGUCUUCAUUGUGUUCAUGAUCGACAGCGAUCCACAGCAUGAAAGGAAUACUUCCCGGAAUACUUACCUUUACAUACAGAUAUAAUAGUGGAACUUUCCUUCGCACUCAUGACCGAUUUUCUACUUCAAACCGGGCCCAAACAUCAACACACCGAAUAUCAAAGAACGACUGUUCCCAGAUUCGAGUCUUUAAUUUGAGCGCUAAGAAAUUCCAUAAUAGGUUUAUCUCAAUUUACUUUAAGCGUUGUGUUCAAAGGGAAUUAAACGCUUUCUUCCGAGGCACUCACAAAAUUUAGGCUGCUAUGCGGCAGGGCCUGCGAACUGCUAACAAACAGCCUAGGUCGAGAUUUCAUGUCAGAAAUAGGCCUUGUACAGGCAGCAAUAAAGGAAGUAGACAAAAUAAGUAAAAGAAAUGCUUAAUUUUAUUGUUUCUACCGAAACUUUUAUUUUUUCAGAUCUGCUUCAUUGACUCAUUGACUCAUGACUCAUGACUCAUUUGACUCAUUAAUACUUUACACUCGCGUGUGAGGGAUAUUUUAAUAAAAGGUGUUAGUGGUUUCAUCAAGACCUCUCUUGGUGCCAUACCUUUAAUAUACCAAACAAUAUUGACACUAUUGUUCAAUGUCUUCUCCGCCCACCUCCCCCCUCCCGCCCUAACCCCCUAACACACAGACACCUUUAUCCCUGCUUCCUGGACGAAAAUUCUGUGAUAUAAAUUAAAAAGGGAAUGAAACUGAAGUUUUUAAAACAAUUUAUUCACAUUGCCGUCAUGAAAUUUGCAUUAAAUUACAUUCUGGUUGAUUUAUUUAACUAAAACUGGGAAGAUUUGGGAUAACAGGUACAAUAAUAAUAACGACAAGGAAUAACCUACCUAAAAGUCGCUCAACCUCGUAGGAUCCUCUACCAACUUCCAUCAAGGCGUCAAAUUUUACGGAGACGUCUGGGUACGAGUCAGAACACUCCGAUUCCCGCUGUCGCCAUCUUCCAACGAGUCUUUACGCGGAAGUUAAGCUAUGUCUCUGAAUCUUGCAGCUGCUUACGCUACUAGGUCCCGCGGACCACACAGUCAAGACCAUGGAAGAUUUUCUCGCCCAUGGAAAUCAAGUGACCUGAUUCUUAAAGUCGCAGACAGGGAGUUUCAUGUUCAUCGAACCGUUUUAAUGUUGUGUUCGCCAGUUUUCGAGGCCAUGUUGUCUUUAGAGUUCAAAGAGAAAUCUGCCCAGAAAAUACCACUUCCGGGCAAAGAUGCGACAGAAAUAGAGCAGAUGCUUCAAGGUAUUUAUCCUGAUCAGGAUCUCUGGAUUUCAAAGGAAAACUGUCUUUUCCUUUUGAAGCUUUCCACUGAAUAUCAAAUUGAUCGAUUGAAAACCCGCUGCGAGGAAUAUUUGAGCCACUGGUGCGAAGAUGGCAUGAAUAUAGACGAAGCAAUGGAAUUGAUAAUCGUAAGCCAAAGAUAUUCUGUCGAAGAAUGGAUAGUGAAACGAUGUGUGGAUCGGUUUGUGUCGCAGACAGAUAAGACAUGGGAGCAGUUACAGAAACAUAAGCGUUUCUCCGAAUUAGAACCUUCAAUUGUCAAGCAAAUUACAGAGAAAAGAAUGGCCUUCUUGGAGCGAAGAUCGAAUAUUGGUUUUUCUUUUGUGCUUGUUUCGAGCAGUAGGAGCUGCCGUAAAUAUGGACCUGUUAACAUGAGGAACAACUUUAGAGUUUAGGCGGAUAUUCAUGGUCCUAAACCUACUGGACCAGACGAAUUUUCUCUCCAACGACUAAUCUAAUUAAAGUAUGUUCUUUUUUCCUUUAUCUGAUUACCAUGUUUUAUACAGCAUUUUACCAGCUGAAGAACAACGAGAGUGGUGUUGAUGGCCUGCAUAGGAGGGUAAAAGGGAGACGGAACUGGGGAUAGAAGGAAGGGGACGGUGACGACGAUGGGAACUAAUGCCGUCGUGAGGAAGACACUUGGGCAAGAAAAUAGUUGAAUUUGAAAUUUCAGUCAUGCAAAUCAAAACAACUGGGCUAGAUUUUUCUGGUUCUGUUAUUGCACUUCGGAACGUUGACCAAAAUAGUUAUCAUGUGUUGCUCUUCUUCCCGAAUAAUUCAGGUGAUACAGACAACAUAUCCAGCUUUCUUUCUUGGUGCAGAUCACAAUGACGAUAGUCAAUCGUUUUUCGUUCACUGAGCUCAUGAAGGAAACCGAGACGGUUAUUAAUUUUUCUUUGUUUAAGUCCUCUGUUCUGCAUCACUAUUAAUUUUAAUAUGUAAUGUUUGCCUCUUUAUCAAUAUAUCUUGAUUUUUCUUUAACCCUGGAAUGGUUUACCCAGUCAUGUUAGAGAAUCAAACAGUAUUGCAACUUUUAAAAGAAAUGUUUUAAGCUUCAUUAAGGAUAACUAGAACUUGUAGGAUUUAGAUUUUUUUUAUUUGUAUAUAUUUUUUUUAUAUUUUAAUUAGUGAGGGCAUCCCUAGUAUGGCGCAUUGGCGCUUUUGGUCGUCUCCUUCUCCACAACGUUUUUUUUUUCUUAUAGUAGUGUUAGCUUAUUUCAUUUCAUUAUUUGCUUGUAAUGUAGUGGAGUGAAUCUGUAACAAAUAAACUCUCGUUGAUUUAUUUGCUGGGCCAAAGCUGCAAGUAAGAAGUAUAAGAAUUCUUUUAAUUGACUAUCGCAAAGCUCCAUGUUUCAAUAAGCAGUUACUAACACAAGUGUUUGCCGGGUGUUCUAGACUUCUGUAUUGACCAAAGUGCAAUUCGGAGUCUCUUAUUAAUGAAAUCACGUUUUAAGGCUAUUCACUGUAGUGCUGUUCAUGCAUUAUGUCUUACAGGCGAAGCACAGACCGCCAUUCAUAAGCAAGAGAAUGUCUAAAGAAGGGCACAGCCUAAAUUGGUUGCUAUUUUUGGGAUAUUUUCGCUAUUUUCUAUAAUGAUCUUUUUUGAUGUUAAAAAAAGUUGGUUGUUCUAUACAGAAAAAUAGAUCAGUGUCCUGCGAAAGUAUUAUGUUCUGGAUUCCGAAAUUUCUACAUUGAUCAUCAAUUGCCCUUACUUAAAACUUAAAUCAUUGGGUAAAUUGGUCCACUUACAAUUCUAGAUGGGUGUCAGGGAGGUGGAGAUUGUCACUGCCGAAAAUCUCCUUUACCACUAACCCGGGCAGCUCAUCGGGACGAGACAUUGUCGGGCGAAAUCCCUGCAGGCAAAGCCUGAAGGAAGAACGGGCAGACACCCUAGUCACUUAAGCUUACCAAGCCAUUUUUUUUAGAAGCAUUUGAAUUCCCUGCAUUGAUCGGCCAAAAUUUUUCUUUCGUUCUCCUUGUGAACUUUGCCUCAGUGCGGCGAGGAUAUCCCGUCCCGAUUAGUUUUGUGCGUGCUUCACCCCCAUGCUACUUUCCUACGUUCAUCCAAUUCUAGAUGGGUGUCAGGAAGGUGGAGAUUGUCACUCCAGAAAAUCUCCUUUACCACUAACCCGAGCAGCUCAUCGGGACGAGAUAUUGUCGAGCGAAAUCCCUGCAGGCAAAGCCUGUAGGAAGAACGGGCAGACACCCUAGUCACUUAAGCUAACCAAGCCAUUUAUUUUAGAAGCAUUUGAAUUCCCUGCAUUGAUCGGCCAAAAUGUUUCUUUCGUUCUCCUUGUAAACUUUGCCUCAGUGCGGUGAGGAUAUCCCGUCCCGAUUAGUUUUGUGCAUGCUUCACCCCCGGGCUACUUUCCUAUGUCCCUUUCAUGGUAGCUCUUCCCUACCAUUCACUAUAUUUUUUCCGUGCCCAAUGUUACACAUCACCACAUGCUCAAUAUUUCAUUUCUCCAUCUUCCAGCAAUGUCACAAUACUCUCCCUGACCACAGUCAGUCCAAGCUCUCAGAAGUUUUAGGGCAGUACAUAAAUUAGACUGUUACGUUAUAAAUGACGAGGACAUUGCAAAAUUUUAGAAGUGGAGAGCCGAGUGGCAAACGUACUUUUUUGCCAUUUUUGUUCUUGUUGCUAUUUCUGAGUAUCUCUUGCUGGCUUAAGGCGUUUUAUUUGAGAUAUUUUUUGGUUGGCCGCACGUUUGGGGGUGCUCAGUAUUUCUCAUGCUGAGUUCUAUGUUUCUAACUUGAGACCAGCUUUUCUUAUAUGUUGUUAUAACUGUAAUUAAUUACUAACCUUUUGAAGGGAUCUCCUACGUCCGACUCGACUGGGGAAAAAACAUUUGCUCGGACAAAAUAUACCAGUCAGAAGUACAAGGACAAAAAACAAACAAUGAAUCUUGUCAUUCAUCCUGUUUGACUACCUGGAAUAGGAACGGGAGUUUUUGAUUUCGGUUAUUUAAGGAAGAUUUAUCCUGCGAUCAGGCCUAAUUUUAGCAGCUUCCAUACAUUUUCCCUCACGUGGUCGCGCUAAACUUGGGCUCUUUUUUUGUUUCGCCUUUCCCGCCAGAGCUGGAAUUUCUGAAACGAAACGAAAAGAGAGCCUGAUCUCAAGCUAGAUUGGGAUACCACUCUAUCAAGACCCAAUUCCCUUGAGUUAGAAUGGCUGAAAAAAAGCUUCCCAGUUCUAUUAAAUGCAUAAUUUCUUGGGGAUCUCAGAACGUUUCUAGCCAAAAACCACGGCGUGGGUCAUUACAGUACGUGCUUCGGCAUCAACGUUCAUACGAGAUUUGGUCACCUGUUCUUUUUCGUGUUCAUUAUAACUAUUUCUAAUAAAGAAAUUUGUAACUUAAAAACCCUUGAAACAUGUUUCGGAAGGAAAAUAAGAAACGUAUACUUCCCAUUUAACUUUGUUUGGCCUUUUCAUGACGAUGGAGCCGUUGGUAGAUUUUGAACGUAAACAAAAAGGCGCCAAAAUAAAAGUGCGGGAAAUUGUUGCUCCUGCCGCGAUGUCAAAUCAAUUUGGCACGGGAUAAUUUCUUAUAAGAUUGGGCUCUGGAAUAUUAAUAUGACAAAGAGUUCUGAUUCCACAUAAUAAAAUACCUUUUCUUCGUUUUUCUUCUCACUACUGCGGCUACAACGGUUAGAUGGACAUCACACAAGUUUGAAAACAGCAGAUGUCGACCGAUUCAACUUGAAAGUUUGAAGCUUUUUUGAAAGUUAGGCGCUGACACAAAACUAAAAGACUUAACGAAGGUAAGAUUGUGAAAUGUUUAUUCAGUUGUGUCUUGUUGUUUUUGUUACAUUCCCUGUCGUUAUAUCGCUGCUUGAUUUGCUAGAUGUAUUUUAUAUUUUAUUUUGUUUUUCUCGUCAAAUUCUAAGCCGGCAUAAUAGAAAUUUUUGAAGAGAAACUAUAAGCUAAAAACUUGAGUCAUGAAGACUGUUUCACUUAGAAAAAUUCCUUUUAACUUUCUUCGUGCUGUCUUUUAAGGAGAAGAAACCUCUCCGCGUCUAUUAAUUCAACUCCGCAAUUGUCAACAGCUGUGUCAAGCUUUUCCGGUACUACUGAAAAGCCCGUCAUUCAUUUGCAACACAGCGAACGAGAGACUCGGAAGGUUAACUAAAACAUAAGGGACCUUUAAAACUUUCCUUAUAUAAACAGGAUGUGUGUAAUAACAGAUUCUACCGUCUAGUUUUUAAGAAGUACAUUAAUGUUAGGAAUCAUACAUUCGACGUUCCGAUGUUUCUAUAAUUAUUUUACUAGUAAUUUGUAGAUCUAGAGGUCAAACAAAUUGAGUGAAAGUGAAUUUAAAUGCAACUGCACCCUUCGUAGCAAACGUAAAGGGCAGUAACUUCGGCUAGUGUUAACAUUCAGUCAUAUUAAUUUAUAGUACACACUAGAAAAACGCAGGGCUUGAACUUCACAGUUUAACGUAAAAUUAGGGAAACUUUUCUCUGUCUACUAAAGAAGCUCGUUUGCAAAGACGAUAUUUCGACCCUGCUCGAAUUUAUGGUGCCAAUUAUCGACGAUUUCCUGCGCAAGUCACCAAAAUACCAGCAUAUUUACUGGAGCAAUUUUUAUAGUCUGUUUUCUUUCAAUUCACAUAUUAUCAGUAUUUAGUUGUUUUUUCCUGUAUAGCGAUACUGUAAACAUUUCACACAGUGUUAGAAUGGGUACCGGCCUUCGGUAAACUUGUUUAUCUUUUAGUGAAAUGAUUGAACUUCCUUUUUGGCGUAAACUCAGUAACUGAAAGGAUUCCGUGGGAACAAACCCAUUUCGUUUGAUUUCAAAAGUUUUGUUAAGACGCGAUGUCCUGAAAAAGCUGUACGAACAAUGGCCACCAUCACUCUAUUUUCACAGCUUUAUCCAGUGCUGUCAGACAGACUUUUUGUCUUAACCUUCAAAGUGGACAUUCUUUGAACACGCGAAACGAUCUGCUUGAUUAGCAUAAAGUAAUUAUUAAAGAAACCGCAAAACUGCAACUAGAUCUGGCCUUUUUUGAUAGAAGUAAAAGGGCGAGUGAGACCCCGCAGUUUUGUCCUCACCAGUCAGAACACCUUUAUUACCGAUAAACAUAAUUUUCUUUUCAGUUGUUAAAAAAGCAACCCUCCUGGGUAUUAUUACCACAAUAUGGGCCUUUGUGUCUCAAAAACCCCCGCGUCAUCUUUUACAUAUAUAACUGUUUCUCUGAAGCUGUCUAACAUCUAUCCACUGAGGUUUUCUAAACUAUCCCGCCGAAAAUUUUGCUCAGUUAUUGAGGGUUCAUUUCAAGAAUAUUCCAUAUUAAAAAGAAAAACCCCUUUGCUUACCUUGAAUGAUCUAUUGGAUUUUUAUUCCUGCUUGUCAGGGAAAAAGAUCAACAGAUCAAAUGAAUAUUGUUGUUGCCGGCUAAAGAAAACUGAUUGCUUGUGUGGCCGUUAUUUUUAUAGGUUUAUGUGUUAUGCUACCUGAAAGUAUGGAUUCUCAAAACCUUAGUACAGUUUUAGAUAGCUCUGUAGAUAGCUCUGUGAAGUAGUUUGUGCCAAGAACCUUCGGCGUACGCAUCUUUUUAGACAUACGCUCUCCAUUCUUUCGAUCCGCUUCCGUUUCCACGUUUUCUGAUUCCGCGCAGACUUCACUUCUUCCUUUCCUCAUUCUUGUAUCUAAACUAUCUCAACAUCGUUAGCUUCUCGUUUCCGGUUCCGGUAGUAGGCCCCAGUCUGGACGCAAAUAACUCGCGCCAAAACGACAUCACUUCAUGCGAUUUUCUACAAGGGAAACAAGUCGAGCUCCCGGUUUCUCGCUCACUUUGUCACCGAAAACAUAAAUUUCUAGCUCAAGCUUUGCGCUCGAGAAAAAUUUUGAGCCCGACGUUUGGGGAAGUCUAAGUUGUAUCCUACCAUAGGGAGAGGGAUAGACGAAAAAGGUCAAUUUUCAAAAAGAUAGACGGCCAUCUUUAAAACGUAACGUAGGUUUUAAAUUAUUUUAAGAAAAAAAACUUUAUUUACAGUCUUAUUCGCUCUUCUGAUCCGCGACGUACACUCACUGCAUUUGUGAUAUAAGUGUUCAUUUUAUCUGCAUAUUGAAGACAUAUAGAAAAGUCAUGUAAAGAGGCCAAUUUAAAAACCAGACAUCUACAACUUUUGAGGUACAGUAAAUGUUUUCUUACAAACCCAGUGACGUUUUUUUAUGAAACGGAGAGGUGAUGUAGCUUAAAGACGUUAGUUCUCAAAGUAUAACUUCCUUUCCGCUCUGUAAAGCAGGGGGAGUUUGCGACAGAAGUGUCUUUCACAAACAAAACUUUACCAAGUCGUUCACCUCUUUUCAGUGGGUAAGCUAAAACCUAAAGAAUUUUAUUGAAUUAAAUCAUAAGUGGUAGGCCCUACCCCAGCGGUUUAUAGUGUGGUUCAAACUUUGAAAGUUCAGCUAGUGACUUGGAGCAAUUACAUAACUUAAGGAGAGACUAUAGGAUCUUCUUCUAGAUUUCUUCUCUAGUCUUCUUUUUUUUUGAUCUGUAAUUUUCAUUGUUGAAUUCUUGUGUUCAUUGGUAAAAUGCGAAAAAAGAAAACGGAUUCGUUCGUUAUUGUAUAUUAUUUACCACAGAAAGCUCUACAAUAUAAGUGAACAGUAGCAUUGGAAUUGCGGUCUCACCAUUUCUCUAAUACUCUCCUUGAAAACCCAAAAAAGGAAUUCGCGUAGCUUUUAUGUCAAUUUCAAUCUUUAGAAGACAUCUUAAACAACAUCGACUGCUAUUUGAGCUAUUAGUAUCUCCACUGAAAAGUUGCAUUCAGUUGCUUAGAAGAAAGAGUAGAAAGUAGAAACAAUAUCAUCGUUAAUACGACGGUUGAUAUAUUUUUUUAAUUUUUGUUUAUUUUUUUUUCACACCGCAGAACUUUCCAACUUUCGUAUCCCUCGAAUUUCCGCACGCUUUAACAUGCUUACACGAAAAAUAAAAGGAUCGUCCCGGCCUAAACCCGAUAAGGGCGCCCCUAGCUCUUCUUUCUUUACAGUCUAAAAUAAUAAAGAUAUCACAAGAAAACCUCACUCUUUUCCCGCACGCAUAUUCUUUGAAACAUCAUAACCAUCAUUGUCACUCAAUAGAGGAUCGGAGACGAGCUUGUUCUACGUUAACCUGCUUUAACUGAAUGAACAGUCCUGUUGUUGUCGGGCGGUGGAGACGAGUUGUCACACUAACAGAAAAUCUGUGGUAAUUAAGUGGAAGGGCCAAGUCAGUUUAUGGUUUAACCUCAGUUUUCACUUGUCACGGAAUUUUUAACAUGACGAUUUAGGCAAUUUGUUUCCUCCCAUUUUUGAAAAGAAUGUUAAAUAAGCGCUUAUUUGAGGAAAGACGGUGAAAUGAAUGACUUGUGCGGUAAAAAUUUCCUUAUCAAAAGAGCAGUCAACAGCUGAAAAAUAAGCAAAUACUAAUCGUUUAAUAUGCAGCAUAGAUAUUUCCGUGAAUCCUUACAAGGACUGAUAAAAUUUUCAACUAUGUUAAGCCUAUAUGAGAUUUUUAAAAGUAAAUAACAUUCAACGUUUGUAUCUCUCAGUUCUUAUGAGACUUGCACUGUUGUUUCCAGGUUCUCCUUCUCGCUUAUAGAGAAAAUUAUAGACAUGUUUGAAAUUCUUUAUAGUUAAAGGUAUUCUUCCUUGUCAAUCCCUUCUGCCGCUGUUCUGUCUUGUUAGCUAUCACUCUUUACAUCAUUUUCUCUUUGUUUAAAUUCUCUUGCAAAUGCUUGACUCUUCCAAAGCUGUAAAGACAAAAUGUCAUUAGUCAACGACUUUCUCAUCUUGCUGUAGGUAAUUCUAAACCCCUCGCUGGCUUGCGUCGUUGGUACCUUGUGCAAAGUACUAGUGCCUUAGCCUACUAAAACAGCUAAAAUUGAUUUUACUUUCGAACGUUCCCAUUACGGACGCACUACCUGUAUCUGUAAUGAGUUCGAAUACCUCUCUAUGAAGGAGUGUUGAUGAGAUCCAAAAGAUAGCAAACUUCAUGCAAUUCCUUUCUGCUUGAAUUCCGUCGGGUUCAGCGUAUUUAGUCAGAUUUAGUAAAGACAAUGCUUAUCAAAUACUAAAACGAAAAAACGCGCGGAAAGGACUGAAUGCGACUCCCGGUGCUCAGUUUGCAGGUCUGCCAUUGGUCAAACCGGACAGUUUUCUUUUUCUUUUUCUGUCUUUGUUUUCUCUGCCUGUUCAACAGACAACUUGCACGUUGUGAUUGGCUUAGAGACACUAACAGUUCAACGGAAGUAAAAGGGUAUUUACUUUGUUUUUGCUCACCUACCUUUAAAUUUUCAGGUAGGAAAGCCCUAGUUAUACGUCUCAAUUUGUCGGAUUUGCCAAACAGAAAAAUCGGCAAUAUAAAAAAUAAAUGGUGCACUGGUCGAUUUGAAAUAGACGUAACUAACGAGCCGGAUUUGGACGAAAACCUGGCCUUUCCGGUGGACCAAAAGGACUGCUUGAUA